UUGGCAUCUGAACAUACGCCCCAGCAGAUGCUGCCUGUCGUGAAGAUCUCUCUGAGUUUUGAAGAUCUCUCUCUCUUUUUCUCUCUUUCUCGAACAAUGAACAUCUGCACGGCCCAAUACGAGCAGCCACCCGGCCUAAUGCAAUCUUCGGGCACCAGCGUGACGGUGGACAUCGCGGUGAUGGGCGAGGCCCAUGGACUGAUCUCAGAUCUGCUGGCUGACCCCUCCCUCCCGCCCAACACCUGCAGCACCCUGCGGGCCGUCAGUAACCUGCUCAGCACCCAGUUCACCUUCCAGCCGCUGCACCACCGACCGCGCCUGAGCCCCCUGCAGGCCUUCAGCGACGGACACGCCUGCUCCGACUCAGAGGAGGCGCCGGAGAAAGGAGAGAGGCUGGUCAUCCCGAAGCGUUUGAGGCGGAGUUUGCCUCCGGGGCUUUUGAGACGCAUUUCUUCCACGUGGACCACCACCACCUCAGCCACGGGCCUGCCCACCCUCGAACCCGGGCCGGUCAGACGGGACCGCAGUGCUAGCAUCAAAGCACCUCACGAUGGCCCUUCCAGCAGCUUUUGGAAUGUUUAUUUUCCUGUGUUUCUGUAUGAUUAUUGUGUGUGCUGUAGCUGUGGAAGACCGAACAGUAAACUGAGACACGGGGACGGAUCCAUAGACGCAGGAGACCGAACCCAACAGUCAGACGAGCCGCUGAUAAUGUCGUCAGACUAUGACAGCACCUAUGAGACCAACCACAGUGACAGCAGCAACUUUGCACAGAACGAAGACAGAGAAGGUCACAGGAAAGCCUGCGGGACGUUCCCGCUGACCGCUCUCGUCCCACCGGAGGAUAAGCCCAUCUUGGCCCCGGAGCCACUGGUGAUGCAGGGCCUGGAGCCCCUCAUGAGUCAGAUCAACAACUGGAACUUCCCCAUCUUCAGUCUGGUGGAGAAAACCAACGGCAGAUGCGGCUGUAUCCUCAGCCAGGUGUCUUACCGGUUGUUUGCGGAUACGGGACUCUUCGAGACGUUCAGGAUUCCGGUGAGGGAGUUCGUGAACUAUUUCCACGCUCUGGAGAACGGAUACAGGGACAUCCCAUAUCACAACAGGAUUCAUGCCACAGACGUCCUCCAUGCGGUUUGGUACCUCACGACUCAGCCUGUGCCUGGUUUACCUACACUGACAUCACUGAGUGACUCGGACUCUGACGGUGGACUCGCUCUCGGCCACACAAGGUACCUGAUGUCCAGGACGUAUCCUGCAGAGGAGGGUCACGGCUGUCUGUCGGGCCUCAUCCCCGCUCUGGAGCUGAUGGCGCUCUACGUAGCAGCCGCCAUGCAUGACUACGACCAUCCCGGCAGGACCAACGCCUUCUUGGUGGCCACCAGUGCUCCUCAGGCCGUUCUUUAUAAUGACCGUUCGGUGCUGGAGAAUCAUCACGCUGCGUCCGCUUGGAAUCUGUUCAUGUCGCGGCCCGAGUACAACUUUCUGGCCAGUCUGGACCACAUGGACUUCAAACGCUUUCGCUUCCUGGUCAUCGAGGCCAUCCUGGCCACCGACCUCAAGAAACACUUCGACUUUCUGGCUGAAUUCAACGCUAAGGUGGGAGAUGAUGGAUGCUCGGGCAUUGAUUGGACGAACGAGAAUGAUCGUCUGUUGGUCUGUCAGAUGUGUAUUAAGUUAGCGGAUAUAAACGGUCCGUUGAAAAGCAAGGAGCUUCAUUUGCAGUGGACGGAAGGCAUCGUCAAUGAGUUUUAUGAACAGGGUGAUGAAGAGUCCAGUUUGGGCCUUCCCAUCAGCCCCUUCAUGGACCGCUCAGCACCGCAGUUGGCCAAACUGCAGGAGUCCUUCAUCACACACAUCGUGGGGCCUCUCUGCAGCUCAUACGAUUCAGCCGCUCUCAUGCCCGGCCACUGGGUCGACCCUCUGCCCAAAGAGGGCGAGGAGGCUGAGGAAGAGACAGAUGAAGAGGAGGAGGAAGACGCACCGGAGGAAGACACCUCUUCCAGCUCCGAACUUUCCCAGAAACCAGCACCCAAGAAACGACGGAAAGUGUUCUGCCAGAUCACCCAGCACCUGCUGGAGAACCACGAGAUGUGGAAGAAGGUCAUCGCUGAAGAGUCCCAAAGCCAGACAGAAGGGGAGGAGUCCACAUGCCUCACUAACACCCCUGAGCCAAUCCUAGCCAUCGAUGAGGAGGAGGAGGAGCCAGGGAGCAAGGAGGAGCCUGCAGAUGACCAGGAGGAGGAGGAGAGUCCUGCACCUGACGAGACACAUGAAACAGAGGAAACAGAUGGCGAGACUGUAGAGGAAGUGGACGAGACUGCGAAGACUGUAGAAGACGACGCGGAGCUAAUGGGAAAACGAGAGGAAGACGAGAAAGAGGAUCCAGAAUGAAUGACGUUGUCUAAAAGCGUUUCAUUGGCAAGCGAGACUUCUAAGAAAUGGUUGCCAGCACAUCACUUAGACACAACACUGUAGAUGCUUGGGGAACAUGUGCCUAAAGGAAACAGGGUGGGACGGGGUGGUUCGGGAUGAAGGGUUUGACUAACAAUGAGCAGGCGGUGAACUUUUGAGGUUCGAUGCUAAAAUUGGCCGGGACAAGGAGUUCUCCAGGGGGUUUCCUAUAUUUUCUAGACUUACGUUGGUCAGUUUUGCAAGUCCUUCUCCAGCUGCACCUUAACCUCCAAUACUGCGACAGGGGUCCCAAUGACCUGAAGUUUUGCAGGCUCAACAAGCAUUUCCGAGGAGCUCAGUGUCAAAGUCGGGGAAACGAGAAACCAAUCCACGUGACUCUCGCUGGUUGGCGUAUCCCAUCGUGGGCAGCGGACGAAAGCAAACGCUCCAGAAACUGCAUGCGUUUGUGAAAAGAUACACUAUGUGUUUGCGUGUCUGUCCUGCCAUUGCUCUUUCUUUUUUCUUUCCAGAGCAUCACUACAGCAAACGCUUGCUCCACUGUCUCAUUUCCGAAGGCGUCGAGCCGAAUGCUUGUCAUUCCCUUCCCUCACCUUUUUCCCUCGGCAUUCCACGAGCUGAGAUUUUGCGUUUCUCAGGAUCAGACUGUUUUCAGAUAACUGUACAAGGAGUCAUUGGUUUUUACAGACUUUCUUGCAGCUUUCUAAUCUUUUGGAUCUUGAUUUGUUGUUUUUUAAAACUGUAACUUCUUCAAAACGCCAAUGGCCUUUUAGCCCAAUCGUUGUUUUACCAGGUGGUUUGAUAAAUAUAUACACAAAUGCAUACGGCGUGCAAUAGUACAUCGCCUCAUCCCUAGUCAUCAAACAUUGUACCGUCCGAAACUAUAGACGCUCUUAUUCUCCCUCCUUCUGUUCUUGCAUUUAAGCUAAGUUUGAGAGCCAAGUGAACUGCUCUAGCAAGUUUGGCUGAUCAAAGGCGCAAACUGGGACGAUGGGAAGGCCUCAGGCUCCCGCAUUCCCCCGCAGUCGCAUGUUUUCCCUCCGAACAAGGCUGUGGUUAUGUGGUCGUCUCACGCAGCCGCCGUUGUGGUCAGCUCCUCAGCCCAAGGGAUGAAACGACGAACGGCGUCCCUCUCACAUGAGAGCAUGUGCCGCACAUGAGAUACGCGCACCGGUCGACACGGCUGUCCGCGCUCGCCUUUGAUGUACCGAAAGAGGCAGAUUGCUCGCGACGGCGAGAUGAAACACUUCUGCGGGCUUAAUCACCUCGGGUCCGAUGUCUAAUCGGACACCUUCAGUCGCUUUGAAGGAGA